AUGAGAACAGCCACAUCGCUGCCCUCCAAGCUCGUCGCCUACGACCCUCACGAGAAACCAGGCCGAUACAAUUUCAAACCCAAGAGACAGGGAUAUUUCGCAAGGAUGAAGGAAUCUUGGAUGACCCAGUCGCAGAGGACUAGGUGGAUUAAGACCGCCGCCAUCGUCCUCGCGAUUGUUACACUCUUCUACUUUAUCUCGCCCAAGGGCGUUGAAGUGUACAACGGAGCAGGAUCUCAAGCCGCCAAGGGCGGUGAUGGCCAAACUCCCUCCGACUCGACUUACGGAACCGAUCGAUGCACCAAGUCCUUCUCCAAGGAGAAGCCCAUUGUGCAGUAUGUCCUCAUGAUUGACGCUGGCAGCACUGGAUCGCGAAUCCACGUCUACAAGUUCAACAACUGCGGUCCUACCCCCGAGCUCGAGAAGGAGGAGUUUAAGAUGACCGAGAAGGAGGUCGGUGGCCUCAGCAAGUAUAAGGACGACCCCGUGGCCGCCGCCAAGAGCCUGGAUCCCCUCAUGAAGGUCGCCAUGGACAACGUUCCCGAUGCUCUCAAGGGCUGCUCUCCCGUCGCUGUUAAGGCUACCGCUGGUCUCCGAAUGAUCGGCAAGGAGCCCGCUGAUGCCAUCCUGGCCGAAGUCCGACGACACCUCGAAGUUGAUUACCCCUUCCCCGUUGUCGACCAGGAGAAGGAGGGUGUUGCCAUCAUGGACGGCUCCCUCGAGGGUGUCUACGCCUGGAUCACCACCAACUACCUCCUCGGCAAGAUUGGCGGUCCUGACCUGAGCGAGACCGCUGCUGUUUUCGAUCUCGGCGGUGGUUCCACCCAGAUUGUCUUCGAGCCUACCUUUAAGGGCGCUGCUGAUGGCGGCAUGCCCGAGAAGCUCGCUGCUGGCGACCACAAGUACGAUCUCAGCUUCGGUGGUCGCAACUUUGAGCUUUACCAGCACUCUCACCUUGGCUAUGGCUUGAUGGCUGCCCGUGAGGCCAUCCACGCUGCUCUCAUCAACGACAUUAGCGAGUCCAAGGGCGCUGACAAGGCUUGGUUGAAGGAACCCAUUGUUCACCCCUGUAUCGCUCCCGGCAUGUCCAAGGAUGUUAACGUCACCAUUGGCGCCGGUAAGGAGGUCAACCUCGUCAAGUUCACCGGUCCCUCGCAGCCUGCUCCCGCCCAGUGCCGCAACCUGGCUGAGAAGAUUCUCAACAAGGACGCCGCUUGCGGCCUCGCUCCCUGCUCCUUCAACGGUAUCCACCAGCCUCUUCUGUCCAAGACCUUCACCAAGGAGGAUGUCUACAUCUUCUCCUACUUCUACGACCGCACUAAGCCCCUUGGCAUGCCCGACUCCUUCACUCUCCGUGAGAUGCACGAUCUUACCCAGACUGUGUGCAUGGGCAAGACUGCUUGGGACGUUUUCACCACUGUCCCUGGUGCCAUGGAGGAGCUUCUCGACCGACCCGACCACUGCCUGGAUCUCAACUUCAUGGUGGCUCUUCUGCACACUGGCUAUGACAUGCCCAUUGACCGAGAGGUCAAGAUUGCCAAGAAGAUCAAGGGCAACGAGCUUGGCUGGUGUCUCGGUGCUAGCUUGCCUCUGUUGGAGGCCGGCUCUGGCUGGUCAUGCAAGGUCCGCGAGAUCUCUUAG